AAAAGUCUUAAAAUGUUAGAGCCGCUUGCAUUACAUUUGUUUGCGUCUCACUCACGAAUUGAUUGAAAUUGGAUGAAAAUGGCAUCCGUCUUGGGUGCAGCACAAGCACGACUUUCAUCCCAGCUGCUUCGUCCAAUACCUCAGAAUCAGAUUCCCAUCACUCACUCCCUUAAAAGCAGCGCCGUUAAAGCAGCGCCUGUCGAUUUCAGCUUGGAGAGGAAUGUUUUGAGAUUGAAAAUAAGGGAAAGCUGGCACGCUGUGUCUGCAUCAAACUCUAACUCUUCAAAUGGAGAUUCCGUUGAAGACAAAUCAGGUGGGGUUAAAACCAAUGAUGCUGCACAAGGCCCUCCUUUGCUGACCAUUGUGGCUGGAUUUGUCGUCUUUUUUCUCUUAUUUUGGAUUUUGGGGUCAAUUCUAAUGUGGUUGAUUGGUCUAGUUGUUAGAUUUCCUCCACCUAAAUAAGAAAAUAUUUUCAUCAAUUUUGCUGUUUAUGUUAAAAAAGCAUGUACUCAUCUCUAUAUUUAUGAACAAUGAACAUGAGUAUUGGAUCACAAAUUUUUGUUUCCUUGCCUUUUUUUUCCCUCCUUUUGUAGAGACGAGUGAAUGGAGAUGUAAUGUAAAACCUGAUAUAUUCAUUAAUAAAUUAUUUUUCAUUA